AUGAUUUUUGGAUAUUCGAUUAGUGGGAAGAUAGAUUUGGCGCAAGCUUCUUUUGAUAUGAUGCCUGAGAAAGAUGUGAUUUCGUGGAAUUCUCUGAUAUCUGGGUACUUACAGAAUGGGAAUUAUUUAAAGGCAGUUGAGAUUUUUGCAGCAAUGAGGAGAGAGGGUGUUUUUUACGAUGAGACCACUUUUGCUGUUGUUUUAAGAGCAUGUUCAGGUUUAGAAGAUAAUGUUUUGGGGGUUCAGGGACAGAAGAUUGGCAGCAAGAACUGCAUCCUGCAUAUGCGGUCUCCUGUUUUUGAGACAUUCUACAAAGUUGAGUUUGAGAGCCUUUUCCAGUAUAUUAAAAUCCUAUUGGUUCUCCCUCCAAUUUGGAGGAAGUUUGACUUGGAUUAUCUUGGUCCAGUUCAGAUUUUUGGUCAAUCCUAUGCUCAUUUACAAGUUAAUGAGCCAAUGGAAGUUAAUGAUGCUUGGUGGCGUGUGAUUAACACUUGA